AGCAGUGCCCUGCCAGCUGUAGCUGGGAGCCAAGUCCUGCUGUGUACACACUGCUGGAACUUCUGACCAGAGAGAACUAGACAUCCAAAGUCUCUUUUUCUCUACCCAGAGCCAGUCUAUUCUAGACAGUCCCAGGUGCUGAGCAGAGGGCUCCCGUGCUGCCGACACUUGCUCCACCAUGCAGUGGCUGACUAGGUGGGCCACCCACAGGCGCUACCUGGGGCUCCUCUGGGCCACCAAUGGGGCCUGCCGGGGCUUCCACCCUGCCUCUCCACACCUGUCAGGAGUUGAAGCCCGAAGAUGGAACGACCAUGACAGACCCAAGGAAUUUAACUUUGCAAGCGAUGUGCUAGACUAUUGGACUCAGGUGGAGGAGCAGGAGGGCAAGAGGCCCCCAAGACCAGCCCUGUGGUGGGUGAAUGAACAAGGCGACCAAGUGAAGUGGAGCUUCAGAGAGCUGACGGACUUCAGCCGCCGCACGGCCAAUGUGCUCACACAGGCCUGUGGCCUGCGGCAGGGAGACCGGCUGGCCUUGAUCCUGCCCCGGGUGCCUGAGUGGUGGCUGGUGGCCAUUGGCUGUAUACGGACAGGGAUCAUCUUCAUGCCAGGAACCACUCAGAUGAAGGCCAAGGAUAUUCUCUACCGAUUGCAAGCGUCUAAAGCUCAGGGCAUCAUGACCUCUGACACCUUAGCUCCAGAGGUGGAUUCUGUGGCCUCCGAGUGCCCGGCCCUGAAAAUCAAGCUCCUAGUGUCUGACCACAGCCGGGAAGGGUGGCAGGACUUCCAGUCACUGUUGAAAUCAGCUUCCCCAGAUCACACCUGUAUCAAGUCAAAGACCCUUGACCCGAUGGUCAUCUUCUUCACCAGUGGGACCACAGGCCUCCCCAAGAUGGCAAAACAUAACCAUGGACUUGCCUUCCGGUCCUCUGUCCCUUCAUGCAGGGAAUUACUGCAGCUGAAGACGUCUGAUAUCUUCUGGUGCCUCUCGGACCCAGGCUGGAUCCUGGCUGUCUUGGGGUCCAUGAUAGAGCCAUGGACAUCAGGGUCUACACUCUUCAUCCAUAACCUCCCCCAGUUCGACCCCAAAGUCAUCGUACAGACGCUAUGGAAAUACCCCAUCACCCACUGCCUUGCAGCACCGAUUGUUUUCCGGAUGAUUCUACAGAAGGACUUUGGCAGCCUCAGGUUCCCAACCCUGCAGUACUGCCUGACGGGCGGGGAGGCCCUGCUGCCCGAGGAGCAACAGCAGUGGCAGAGACAGACGGGCACCCCACUGCACCAGGCCUAUGGACAGUCAGAAACGGGAAUUUGCUGUGGCACUUUGAAGAACAUGGAGAGCAAGCCAGGCUCCAUGGGGAAGGCCAUCCUACCCUACGACGUCCAGAUCAUCGACAGCAAGGGCAAUGUGCUGCCCCCCAACACGGAAGGAAACAUUGGCAUCAGGAUCAAGCCCACCAAACCCUUGGGCAUCUUCAUGUGCUAUGAGAAUGACCCAGGCAAGACGGCUGAAACAGAGUGUGGCGACUUCUACAACACUGGGGACAAGGCGACCAUCGACGAGGAAGGUUACAUCUGGUUCCUGGGAAGGAGUGAUGAUGUCAUUAACUCUUCUGGGUACCGCAUUGGGCCGGCCGAGGUGGAGAACGCCCUGGCAGAGCAUCCGGCGGUGGCCGAAUCUGGGGUGGUGAGCAGCCCGGACCCCACUCGAGGGGAGGUGGUGAAGGCAUUUGUGGUCCUGGCCCCCCAGUUCCUGUCCCAUGACAAGGCCAAGCUCACCAAGGAGCUGCAGGAGCACGUGAAGUCCGUAACAGCCCCCUACAAGUACCCGAGGAAGGUGGAGUUUGUCACGGAGCUGCCCAAAACCAUCACUGGCAAGAUCAAGAGAAGCGACCUUCGGAAAAAGGAGUGGGGCCAGGUGUCGCAGGAUGAAGCCAGAUGAAGCCAGAUGAGCUGAGUCCCUGGCUGCCUCCCUUUCCCACUUGGGGGAGGGUUGCCCUAGAGAAAGCAUCAUGGGGGGGCCAGUAUCCAUGUUGUCAGCUUUUAAAAUUAAUCUCAGCCACGUCUGCCCGUUCUAUUGGAUGUCACUGCUGAGCUCUGGGAUCAAGUGUGCAGAGAAUAAAAUACCAGCCUCAGCAUC